CCACACUUUCAAUACCAUUCACCAAUGGCUUCCCUUUCUUCUUCUUCUUCUUCUUCGAUCUUUCUUGCAUUAACCCUAAUGCUCAUAUCAUGUUCCUCCGCAACAAGUAGGCUCCCCUCUUCGAGAAGAUCGGCUUUGAUCGAUCUUCUCCCUCAGAGAUCCGGCGUCGGAUUCCGGCUCACCCUUCAUCACGUCGAUUCCGGUAAGAACCUGACCAAGAUCCAGAAGAUCCAACGCGGAAUGGGUCGCGGCUUUCGCAGGCUUCACAGGCUCAGGGCUGCGGUCUUAGCUGCUGAAGAUGACGGCGCUAACGUCGAAGCUCCGACUCAUGCCGGAAACGGCGAGUUCCUGAUGAAGUUAUCGGCCGGAACUCCGCCCGUUACCUACUCGGCCAUUGUCGAUACCGGCAGCGAUCUGAUCUGGACCCAGUGCAAGCCCUGCACUAAGUGUUUCGACCAGCCUACCCCGAUUUUCGAUCCUGAAAAAUCUUCUUCCUUCUCCAAGUUAGGAUGCUCUUCCGAUCCGUGCAAGGCCUUGCCUCAAUCCAAUUGCAACAAAGAUACUUGCGAGUAUUUGUAUACGUACGGAGAUUACUCGUCCACUCAAGGGAUCUUGGCCAUGGAAACGUUCACUUUCGAGGACGAGCAUUCGGUUUCGGGUUUGGCGUUUGGCUGCGGAGAGGAUAACGAAGGAGACGGGUUCGCACAAGGGUCAGGGCUCGUCGGCCUCGGACGUGGCCCUCUCUCUCUCGUCUCUCAGCUCAAACAGAACGAGUUCUCGUACUGUUUGACGUCGAUCGAGGAUUCUGACUCGACGAGCUUGCUGUUCAUCGGAUCCGACGCUUCAAACACUCUGAACAAGUCUAUGGGCGGCGAGAUUCAGACAACCUCAUUGCUACGGAAUCCGGCUCAGCCCUCGUUCUAUUACCUUCCGCUGCAAGGUAUCACGGUCGGAUCCAAGCGCCUGGACAUAGAGGAAUCGACUUUCACGCUGAGCGAUGACGGGACGGGAGGAAUGAUCAUAGAUUCCGGCACGACUCUCACGUACCUCGAGGAUAGCGCAUUCCGGGCCGUGAAGAAGGAGUUCGCCUCUCGGGUGAGGCUGCCGACGGACGACUCCGGCGCCACAGGGCUUGACUUGUGCUUCAAAUUACCCGAAAACACGAAGCAGAUCCCCGUUCCGAAGCUCAUUUUCCACUUCAGAGGCGCGGAUUUGGAGCUCCCGGGCGAGAACUACAUGAUCGCGGAUCCGAGCACGGGGGUUCUGUGUCUGGCGAUGGGGGGUUCGAACGGGAUGUCCAUUUUCGGAAACAUUCAGCAGCAGAACUUGCUUGUUCUUCACGAUCUUCACAAGGAAACUGUCUCGUUUAUUCCUACUGAAUGCAACAAAUUGUGAUUCUCUCUA